AUGCCUAUAUGGGAGCAAUUAAAGACUGAAGAUGGGCAAACUUACUAUUACAAUAAAGAGACAGAAGAGACUAGCUGGACAUUGCCAGAGGGGGAGGAAGCUGUUGUUUCAACUUCCGGUUGGCAAGAAUAUACAACGGAUGAUGGGAGAACGUACUACUACAAUGAAUCAACAGGAGAAACUACUUGGGAUAAGCCAGCAGAACCAGAAGAAGGCAGUCCGCUGAACAAGCAAGAACAAGAUGAAGAAGAGGAGGAAGAAAAAGGAAAAGAAGAAGAAGAAGAAGAAGAAGAAGCGAUAGACCGAGCCCUCAAACAAGAACCAGUGGAAGUACCUACCAGUAUGACGCUCCCUACUAAUCUCUCAGAAGAAGAAGAAGAUGAGAUGUUUGUUCAGUUGUUGAAAGAUAAUGAUGUCGAUUCAACGUGGUCUUUCCAAACUGUUAUGAGGAAAUUAGUCGGUAAGCCUGAGUAUUGGGCUGUCCACAGUCCCUUGAAGAGAAAGUUAUUAUAUGAGGAGUAUCUCGUUAAACGAUUUGAAGACGAAAUUAAGAACAAGACCAAUGUCAUCGAGCAUUUCAAAAUCAACUUCAUCAACGAGUUGGAAUCAUUGAGGAAAGACGGUAAGCUAGAUUACAAGACUCGAUGGGUAAGCUUACGUGAGAAAUUGAUGAAGGAAGAGAACCCAAUUUUCAAGCAUUCAAUGUUGCCAGACAUUGAUUUGGCCAAGAUGUUUUACAAGUAUCUAACCGAGAUAAAGCAAAAGCAUGAUACUGAAUCCCAGAGACAAAAGAAGCAAGCAUCUGACGAAUUAUACCAUUAUCUUCACCUGAUCAAUAGUGCUUUAGUCCAGAAAGCAGCAGAUUUUCAAGAACUUUACUCAAAUUUGGUAGAGGACCCUCGUUUCAAGCAGAAUAAACAUUUUAAGCAUUUGAAUGAAUUAGACAUACUACAGCUAUACGAGUCAAAAUUGAAUCCAGAAAUAAUUGACAAUCUCAAAAAGCAAAUUAGUAGCCAAGAAAAGAUCAAUUAUCGAAAUGAUCGCAGAGCACGUCAAAAUUAUCGUUCACUUUUAAAUACACUUAACUUAGACGCGAAGACAAGAUUUCACGAUGUUUUUCAUCUUAUUGAAAAUGAGGAUGCUUUUAUUGAGUUAUGUGGUAGGAAUGGGUCUACGCCGUUGGAAUUAUUUUGGGACGUUAUUGAUGAGAAAAAGCAGGUGUUGAAAUUGCGGAAGGAUAUGAUUGAGGCAGUUGUCAAUGACUUGACUAAAAAAGGCGAACUUGGUCAAAGCGUGUGGGCAUCAAAAGAGGCGUUCAUGGAGAAGCUCAAACAAGUAAAAGAUGACAGGCUUUCGCAGUUUGAUUUGAAUCGAGAUGAUUCCAACAAUGAAAUUUUUGAAAUAUACCAGACGCUUAGAGAUGAAAAUGAAAUGAAGGAGAGACUUGUUAAAAAGAGAGGUAUUUCAGAGGUCGAUGCUGGUUCUCUUGCCGUUGCAGCAAAGAAGGUGAAGAAACCAGCAAAAAAGAUGAACUAUUAA